AUGAUUCGUCAAUACAGUAAACCAACUGUUUUCUUUACCAUAAGUUCUAAUGAAAUUGGAUGGCCUAAAUUAUUACAAUUGUUGCAUAAUUUGAAAAAUAAUGCGAAAAUAUCAGUUGAAGAGGCUGCAGAUUUGCAUUUUAUUGAGAAAAGCACUCUUAUUAAUGAAGAUGCCGUAACAUGUGCUAUAUACUUCAAUAAGUUAGUCGAAAUUAUUUUAAAAAUAGUACAAUCAAAAAGGCACAGUCCUUUAAAAAAAUACAGGCUUUUGCAUUACUUUAAAAGAAUUGAAUUUCAACAUCGAGGUAGUCCACAUGCGCAUAUUUUAGCUUGGUUAGAUAAUGCCCCAGAAGACGCCCUUAAUAGAGAUUAUAAUGAAGCUAUCGAUCUUAUCGAUUUUCUGGUAUCAGUAUCUGCUGCCGAGGCUUCUGGUGAUAUCCGAUUACAAACUCAUAAGCAUACUUUUACUUGCUAUAAAGGUACAGCAUCGAGACGACAACAAAAAUGUAGAUUUGACGAUCCGUUUAUGCCAGUUAAGAAAACCAUGAUUCUGACGCCUAUAACAAAUACAAAAAAUGGUUUCCAACAGUACCAGACUAAAUAUAAUUCAAUCCAAAAAAACUUGGAAAAAUACGAAUACAAUGGUUUUCAAUCUUUUUACGAUGAAAAUAGGUAA